UUGGUCAGUAGCAACUAGCAAGUUGGAGCAGGACAUGUAUAAUGAAUGUAUUUUGCUCUUACAUAAAUACCACUUUCAGUGAAAGGCCUUAGCUUAACACUUAUAGUCUUCUAUUAUUCCUUCUGAACUCUUUCCCUACAGUUUCAUGCAUAGGGAGAACCUCUUCAUUUGACUCUUACUUUAUCAUCUGCUUUACCAUUUGAUUUGCUGGCAUCUUCUGCUUCACGGGAGCUGAAAAAAAUGGGAGAAAGUUCUUUGUUCUCUGAGUAGAGUUCGCCAGAGAAAGAUAACAUUUUUUAGUCCUUUAUAAUGCCAGUUCCACUUGCUCCCUACCCUGCACCACCAGCUCCUUAUACACCACCAGCUAAUGGUGCACAGAGUCAACUAGUCUGUUCUGGAUGUAGAAACCUUCUCAUGUAUCCAGUUGGAGCCACCUCGGUGUGCUGUGCUGUUUGCAAUGCAGUCACAGCAGUGCCACCUCCUGGCACAGAAAUGGCCCAGUUAGUUUGCGGAGGUUGCCAUACUCUACUCAUGUACAUCCGAGGAGCGACAAAUGUGCAAUGUUCUUGUUGUCACACGGUCAAUCUAGCGUUGGAAGUCUCUAUUUUGAGGGUAAGCAUCAAGUGUGUAUUGAAUCAGCAAAUCAGGUGGCACAUGUCAACUGUGGGAACUGCAGGAUGCUACUCAUGUACCAAUAUGGAGCAAGAUCCGUGAAAUGUGCAGUUUGCAAUUUUGUAACAUCAGUUGGGGCCAGUGCUACAACAAGCACCACUGAGCAGAAGUUCAACACUGUAACCAUACAAUAGGAAGGUCAUUACAGACUGUACAACCUUGGUUUUGCUAGUUACAUAUCGCCCUUAAGGAAUAAAGAGUUAUCAGAUUGGAGAGGAAACUCUUUUCACAUGUAUAGAGUUAUUUUUUCCGUGCGUGAUUGUAUUAAAUAUUUUUGUUAGAUUGGGUGUAUGAAAAACUAUCUAUGAUAAGUUUUCAGUUUGAGUGUUUUUAAAAUUCCCAUCUUUAGAUUGGGUGUAAAGUUUAUUUUCAGCUGUAGAUAAUUUAUGUAAGAUAUGCACAAAAAGAAAGUAACUGACAGAACCCUCGCAAUCACUAAAUAUGUGAUUGAGAAAUAUUUAGAAUGGGUUUAAAGCAAUAGAUGAGAUGAGAAAA